AGGAGCCCCGGAGAGCUGGGACAACCAACUUCCAAGAUCAAGUGUGGCCUACAAAACAUAAACGCAGGGCAAUGCCACCUGUCAAUGCUUGCAACUUAGUCCUUAGCACAAAAGAUACAAUCAAACUAAGGAAACCAGCUGUGGAGAAAAUGCGCAGAGAUCGCAUUAACAACAGCAUAGAGCAACUCAAGACCCUCCUUCACACCGAGCUCCAAGCACACCAGCCGAACUCGAAGCUCGAGAAAGCUGACAUCCUCGAGACAGCCGUGUUCUACCUGAAAGACAACCUGCACUCGGCACCUGUCUCGGUCCACGCAGGCUCAGUUGGACAGGGCUAUUCUGAGGGAUUCUCCCGCUGUCUAGAAGAAACGCUUCGUUUCCUCUCCGCUCACAACCAGCCUUCAGAAUCUAAGAAACUUGUCAGUCACUUCCACCGGUCUCAACAGACUCCAGGAGCCGAGUCCGUGCUGCGGAACCGCCCGGUGGUCCCCAGCAGGAACCUGAGUGUUCCUAAAAGCGUCACAUCUGCAGGUGCAAGAACAGUGGUGUGGAGACCAUGGUGAUGAACGUGUAUGGAAAAUGAGAUUGCGCAAACCCAGAAUUAAGACUGUCAAUGUGAAAAUAAUGAGAUACCUUCCUGGCUUGUUUUAGGAGCUAUUGUAGGAUUACUUUCUUCAUUAAUACAUUUGCAUGUCAGUUAACGGUGAAAUAGUGACAUAUUCAGCGAAUGAGUUACCCAUUGUUUGCGCAAAAGCGUACACCUAUUCUAUCUUCACCAUGUGAAGGCAAAUGUUUACAUAUUGUAAAAGCGUGUUUGUUGAUUCUUGAUUCAGUGUAUAACUGCGUAUGGCACUUGUUUCUGAGAAUGUUUCCUAUCUCGGCUUUGAUCUAGGCUAAUGUAUCACAUUGAUAUGCCCAUUUUUCAUUGUAAUAAA